GUGUUCAUGGAAGUUUCAUUGGCUUAAGUUCUACGCUGAUGUCGUUUGAAGAUGAUGAUAUGACUACCCAGGGGAGAUUUUCCUUUGCGAAUUCGAAGAUGAAGAAGAUUGAUGGGAUUCUCUGA